UUCUCCUCCUUGUUAAUGGAGACAAGCAACCAAACUCCAUCGCCUGAGAAGAAACAGAAGCUGGAUGCAAAGACAAAAUGCAGGAAAUUGCUGACGAAUAUGUCCCAGAGCAGGAAUCACUCUCAAGGUUUCACAGGGAGUGAUGAGAAAUCUUCGGCAAGGGAUAGACAGGCUGCUUUCCAAUGUGCUCACCAGUCUAUACCUGAAGACAGUGUUUUGGCACCACUGACAAUAGGACAGAAUGAGACUGAGAACAAGGCUUCUGAUCUGCCUCUUAAAGUGAAGGAGGGCCAAGAUUAUCUCGUGCAUGAAAUGACCGCCAAAGGCAGAGACAGAAGAUCCCGACUCAUUAUGUACCAGACAAAGAAAUGGAAAUUCUGCACAACUGAUCAGCCACCAGAUUCCUUUGAAAUGGAGGAGGUCCAGAGCUUUGAAGAAGAUAGUUCCCCAAAAAUGGCUGCCAACAAAACAUAUCUAAAUGUGAAAAGAGAAAAUAGUUCUCAGUCAGACAGUAGUGGGUUUCUGGAGGAGCCAUUCGUCCCGUUACAGAUUCAAUGUACACUGCGGGAUGUUAGUGACACAUUCCAAGAAAACAGGCAGUGGUCAUCCCAGUGCUCAAAUGCUGAACAAGCAACAGGCGACUUUCCCAAUCCAACCUGUAUCCCUGGUUCAGUCGACAGUGAUCAGACACAGUGUGCAGAAACAUGCAUCAUGUCAUGUGCUUUACAAGAAGAGAAGACAUUUACAGUGGAAAACCUCAACAGCCAUUCUCCUACUUUCUCUAAUCAGCAAAGGAUGGGAUCUCCAUGUGCUGUAAAAACCGUUGAGGACAUGAGUGGCUUAACUGGUGGUAGCAGCUGUUCACACACAACUACUCUCGAGAACACAAACCACUGUCCAGCUCUUAAUACCAAUACUUGGCUGAGUAAUGAGAUCCAGGUUCAAAACAAUGCUGGAGGCUGUCAGGGUGAUAACUCUGAGGAGAAUAAUGCAACAAUUGUGAGCAACUUGAAUACAAAUCGAGAGAACUCUAACCUUGUUCCAGAACAUUUUGCUGGUACAAGCAAAUUAGUAACUUUCCAAAUUCCCCAAGACAAAUUGCAACAAAGAAACAUCAUUGCAUUUCAUUCUUUAGAACCACUUUCAUUUCAGCCAAACAAACAUGUUUUCCAGCAUGAGAACAUGCACAGAGAAAGCAGAAUCAAAUUGAGAGAUGCUGUAGUGCAGACUGAUGAAAACACCGGGGAGUGUACCACUGAAAGAAAUCAACAUGGCCAAGUGAAGAACCCAAAUUUACUUGCAAUGGAAUCUCAAUUUGGUGGACUGCUCACAAAGUCAGUGUCAUUGGAUACUGGACUGCAUGAUGUUGAGAAGAUUGUUCAGGAGCCAAUUUCGAUCUCUCCAGCCUACUGUCACCACUGUCACCACUGUUGCUGUCUUCACCAUCACUGUUCAUCAACAUGCUUCAGGAGAAUGGACACAAGAUGUCAAUCAAAGACUCCUCUAUCACUCUCUGAGACACAGCUGAUCAAAACUUUGCAGCAAUUGCAACAAGCAACAAGAAUCAUCUCUACGUCCCCAAAUGCCAUAUGGGAAAUUGAGACCAUGAGGAAAUCUCUACAGGGUUUUCGGAACAGGUUGGUGGAACUAGAACAGGACAUCAUUGAACAGCAGGCUUCAGUCUACAAUAUUCUAACUGAUGAUGAGAGAGAGGAUGUGAAACGACUACAGAUAUUGCGUCGAGCAGUACGUCAAGAAAUUACAGAGAUGGAGGUACAGCUGGAGGACCGGGCUCGGCAACUUGGAGAUGGGAUGAGAAUGCAGCUGCAGCGCUUGGUGGAGGAACAGUUCUCCUUCUGUUCAUACGCAGAGGUGCUGAGGCAAACAGGGAGUGCAACAUCAGAGACUUGGCCCUUGCAUUCAUCCAGCUGUACAAUACCAACGCCAGCAUCAGCAAUUGGUUCACAGGAGCCUGACUGCCACGCAGGAAUAAUUCUCCCAGUGCCUUCGGAUUCAGCACUUAUCCCAACUGAUUCAGUAUCAACUAAAACAGACACUGAAUUCAACCUCGGAAUUAACAACGAUGCAGAGUUAAAAGCGGAAAAACAAACCCAUCAGUCAGAAAUGAUAGACUUUAGAAGCAUUCUGAAAAGUAUUAAACAAUCAUUUAAACACCUCCGAUUGCCAAGCACUGAAACAACUAAAAGUAAUAAACACUCAAGAACCUCCACAUGAUUCAUGCACAAAGCUAGACAGCUUCUGUUAUGUGAUUCAUUAUUACAGCAUGAGAAAUCUGCAGAAGAUCUCACAAGGGACAAAGAAGUCUGAUUACUAUGCCCAUGCUUCCUGGAUUGACUGCAUUUUUCCUUAUAUUGUAAACUUCUGUGAACUCUCUAUUAUCUUGGUUUAAAUAUUGCCAACUGUUACUCACGUUAUCGUGCUGACCAUUAAUAACUACUAUU